CUAUUGUGAUCUGGUAGCGUGGCGUCAUACUGCUGCGCCGCGCUCGUGCGUCUGUUGUGAUUCGGCUGAAGAAAGGCUCGUGUGUUUAAUCAUUUAAAGUGUUUCCAUCGAUGCAACGCAUUCAGCCUAUGUAUAGGCUUUUACAAGCGAUGUAAAGUUAACUCAUUAUUAUUCAGUGCAACGUUGCAAUAUUGUGUCUAACAUCAAAGAGCGUUAUUUUGUGUGAAUAAAGCGCAUCAACACGUUCGUGACAGAGAAAGUGCGUCUCAUUUCGCUCCCUGUGUCGUGAAUUCGCUCCCUGGCGAGUAGUGACGGAGAAACGGAGCUCUCUGAACCUCCGAGUCAAAUCAAAUGAUUCAGUGAUUCGAAUCGCCGCACGCUGAACAGUAGAAGCUCCUGCUGAAGAGACUGAGACACACACUGUUAUAAAGAUGGAGUUUUUUAAAGAGGAGAGAGAAGACGUGAAGAUUGAAGACACAUUCAGAGUCAAACAUGAAGAGACUGAGACACACACAGAAUUGAUGCAUAAAGAGGAGAGUGAAGAACUGAAUGAAAUGGAAGACCAAGAUCAGUAUGAGAAACAUCAUGGUUUAACUAGAGAAAACUUAAGUUGCUCACAGACUAAGAAGACUUAUUCACGAAAAAGAGCUCAAAAGACAGGAGCUAUAAGGUAUUUCACCUGCCAACAAUGUGGAAAGAGUUUAACAGGCAAAAGAAACCUUGAAGUUCAUAAUAGAAUUCACACUGGAGAAAAGCCUUACACCUGCCAACAAUGUGGAAAGAGUUUCAUUAAAAAGGGAACCCUUAAAGACCACAUGAGAGUUCACACCGGAGAGAAACCUUACACAUGCCCUCAAUGUGGAAUACGAUUCACUCAAAAAGGAAUCCUUGAAAGGCACUUUAGAAUUCACACCGGAGAGAAGCCUUACACAUGCCAAGAGUGUGGAAAGAGUUUCAUUCGGAAAGGAAGCCUUAAAGGCCACAUGAGAAUUCAUACUGGAGAGCAGCCUUACACCUGCCCUCAGUGUGGAAAGAGUUUUACACACAGUCUUACACUUGAUGUCAGUGUGGGAAUUGUCACAGGAGAGAAGCCGUUCAUAUGCCCUCAGUGCGGAAAGAGUUUCUAUCAACAAGGAGACCUCAAAGUCCACAUGAGGAUUCACACUGGAGAGGGCCAUUUCACCUGCAAACAAUGCGGAAAGAGGUUUACUAGAAAAGGAAACCUUGAAGUCCACAUGAGAAUCCACACUGGAGAAAAGCCGUUCAUAUGCCCUCAGUGUGGAAAGAGUUUUGAUCAACAAGGAAACCUUAACGUCCACAUGAAAAUUCACUCAGGAGAGAAACUUUUUACUUGCCCACAGUGUGGAAAGAGUUUCACUCAAAAUGGAAACCUCAAGGCCCACAUGAGGAUUCACUUAAGAGAGAACAGUUUUAUAUGUCAUGAGUGUGGAAUGAGUUUCACGGACAGGAAACAAUAUAAGAAUCAUGUAGCAAUUCACACUGGAGAGAAGCCUUUGAUGUGCCAUCACUGUGGAAAAACUUGCUCAGACAAAGCCAACUUUGAGAUACACAUGAGAAUUCACAGCGAAGAGAAGCCUUUCACCUUCUUCCCCGAGGAAAGAGUUUCAGAUCUACAGGAAACUUAACAGUCCCGUGAGGCAUUACACCGAAAAGAAGCCGUUUCCUUAACUUAAAGGGUUAGUUCACCCCAAAAUAGUUUUUCACCUUAGGACCGGCGCCCUUUGAAACACUCCAUGGACUCUCAAGAGUAGGAGAGUGUUGAGCUGCCAUAGUUCAAGUUCUUUUCUUUUUAUCAGUCAAUCUAUUGAUUUUGAAUUCGCUCUUUGAUUUGACUGUAAAUACUGUAAAUGUUUUCAUGUUCCUUCAUCACAGAGGCAGCAGGGAUUGGGCGCCUUUUUGCUUCAAACUGUAAAUAAUUUUCUCUCGUGUUUGGUAUAGCCAGGAAAUCAGGGUCCACUGAAAUGUAUUUUCUUUACUUUUCACCUAGGUCAGGUAUUGGUUUUAGCAUCUUUUUUUUAGUUGUUUUGGUUUUGCCCGAUCUUGAAGAGUUUGCUUCAUGUUGAGUGGUGUAACAA